AGAGUCUCGAGUACCUGCCAAAAAUGAUGGAGUGUUAUGGCCAUUUGAGGUAGAAACUGGUGUUGUCAAACCGUUCAACAUUACUGAGUAUGAAGCCUCGACAGAACUACCGAAGAAAAAACAUCUAUUAUGGAGUGAAGACCUCUCUAUCGAACAUAUAGAACUAACUGACCACAACAGAAAACUAUUGAAAAUGCACAAUGAUGCUACAAGGGCUAUUGUGUAUCUGAUUAAAAAAAGGAUAAAGGUGGCGGUCGCCCAAACAACAAAAGAAAUCAUCAUAAUGAGACAUUUAUUACAUCUGUUCGAUAUUGACCAUCUUUUUGACUUCAUGGAGUUGGAUAUGGAUUCUCCUGUGAAUCAUGUUAAAAUAAUCAAAGAAGAAUCUGGGUUCGACUAUCAGGAUCUCAUAUAUUUUGGAACAAACAAAACCGUUUUAAAUGAAAUUAAAGAAGCAUUAAAUGUGACAACUAUUCAUGUCAACUCUGAAACAGGGAUCAGUUUCAAACACAUAUAUCAAGCUGUGUAUAUUUAUAAUAUCAAGCCCUAUAUGAAAGUAGUCCGAGGUGAGCUUAAACUUUUUGGUAAAAUUGUUUCUGACGAAGAAUUUGAAAUUAAGCCCCUGGCUCAAAAGAGGAAAAGUAAAAGAGGGACAAAUUCAAAACAAUUUCGACAAUUUUCCCCAACACUUGGAUCAUCCUUUAAUGUAACAAAGAAAAUCACUAGAAACAUAAAUUUUACAGCACAUAAAGUAAUGAAGCCUAGAAAACAAUCACCGAAGGGGAUGAAGAAUGGCAGAUCAAGAAUAUUGACAACAAAAUCACAAAUAUUGUUUAAAAGUAAAACUGAUCAAAUAAGCAAAGAGAUUAUUACAAGAGUAUCUGGAAAUGAACAAAAAACAGUGAAUUCAACUCAUAGUAACAUUAAAGGAUGUAGUAGAAAAUCUAGAAAGAAAGGUGAAACACCAUUUAUGCCUAAAUUAGAACCCUUAAGCAAAUUUUUGAAGAAUGUAAAAAAUCAGAAGAAAAAAUACUUGAAAAAUUAAACCUCAAAGUAAUUUAAAAAAAUGGUAAAUUUACAUUUGAACUUUAGUUGAAAUAGAAAUAUGGGUUCCAUCAAUUUUA